GAAUCCAUUCAAAAUAUCAAAUGAAGGUUGCCAUGGUUUGACUGUAAUCUAUUCCACUCAAUUCCCAAAAUAACCUUGAGUAAAAUGAUGCAUAGAACUUUAUCAAAUGCCAAGACAAUCACUAAUCUCAUACACCAGGGGCAAAGUCGUCAAGCAAUAGUUUUGUUUCAUCAAGUCCUGAAAAAUGGGUUCAAAAUCACAGAGUUUCUUCUCUCAGCAAUUGUGCGAGCUUGUGGAAGAGUUGCUGCCAUUAAAGAAGGCAAGCAAUUUCAUUGCAUGGCGAUCAAACAUGGGUUCAAUAGAGACAUGAUUCUAAUGACGUCCCUUCUUGACAUGUACUCUAAAUGCAACAAUAUCACAGAAGCUCGGCUUGUAUUUGAUGAAAUGCCUCAAAGAGAUGUCAUUGCCACCAACAGCAUGAUUUCUGGGUUGUGUUGGUCUCACUUAACACUGGAAGCAAUUGAAUUGUUUAGUAACAUGUCAAGAAGAGACGCCGGGUCUUGGAAUUCGUUGAUUUCAGGUCUCGGUCAUAACUCUGAAGGAAGAACAGGAUUGGUUUUCUUUGAGAAAAUGAGAUUGGAGGGAGCUGAAGUUGAUGUUAUGACCAUGGUUAGUGUUCUUUCAAUCUGCUCCGAUCUUGCAGCAUUGAGUAAUGGUAAACAAUGUCAUGGUUUGGUGAUUAAGUAUGGAUUUGAGUUGGGGUAUUUACCAGUUGGAAAUGCUAUUAUUGACAUGUAUGCUAAAUGUGGAUGCAUGGAAGAUGCCUGCUUAUGUUUCAAAAACAUGCCUUUAAAAAAUGUAAUUUCAUGGACUGCUUUGAUCACGGGUUAUGGAAAACAAGGCCGGGGCUUAGAAGCUUUGGAGGCAUUUGACACAAUGGAAGUGCAAGGUGUUGCACCAAACAAAAUCACAUUCUUGGGUGCCUUGUAUGCCUGUAGUCAUGCUGGAUUAGUACAAGAAGGAUGGAGGGUUUUCAACACCAUGGUGCAUAAGUACUCAAUCGCACCCAUGAUGGAGCAUUAUACAUGCAUGGUGGAUCUCCUAGCGCGAUCGAAUUGUUUCAGUGAGGCCUAUAAGUUCAUAGAGAGGAUGCCUGUAAAGCCGGACACAAGGCUUCUCACAGCAUUUUUAAGCUCAUGCUGCACCCACAAGAAUUUGGAGCUAGCAAGGAGUGUUGGGAAGAAAUUACUUGAAUCAGCACCUGAAGAAGCAGGGGCCUAUAUGUUACUAUCCAACUUCUAUGGGCUUGUUGGGGACUUGCAAGGUGUGGCAAAAGUGAGAAGAUUGAUGCUAGAUAGAGGAAUAAGAAAAGAGAAGGCAUGUACCUGGAUUGAGAUUAACAAAACAGUUCACAGCUUUCAAUCCGGAGACAGAUCCCAUCCCCUAAGCAAAGAGAUCUACAACUAUUUACAACAUCUAUUUAAAAAGUUGAAAUCUAAUGGGUAUGUGCCGGACACAAGCAUGGUCAUGCAGAAUGUGGAUGAACAAAGAAAGGAGGAGAUAGUUCUUGGUCACAGUGAGAAACUGGCAAUUGGUCUUGGCCUAAUCAGCACACCUCCCGGUACCCGUAUUGUUAUAGUUAAGAAUCUGAGAAUGUGGUACCGAUUCGAACAAAUAAUUUACCAUCCCCUCCUCCGGUCACCGACGGAGAGGUUUCACUAUUACAUUGAUGGUCUAAAGCAUCUCCAGUAUGUUCAAUGUGCUGAAAACAAAAACAUCAAAGACUUGUUCACUAUCCGAUGGAAUGAGAAAGUUGAUAUCAAAGGAGCUGUGGGUGGCUUGGAGGGUUUUCAUGGUGUCUUGACUGAAAGAGAAUAUGAGGACAAUGUGUGGGGUGCACUUGAAUUCUCAAGCAAUGCCUGUCUCGACGUUAAUGAUCAUUUGUUCAAUCAAGAAUAUCUGACACAAAAUGAAAUGGAAGAAAAGCUUAGCUCCUUCUUCCCGAAACUGUUGUUGCAAUUAUAUACUUUCUUGAUUGAGCUGUAUACUCAUGUGGACUUGAGGGAACACAUCAAGGAAGAAGAAGAAGAAACCUAGUUAUAGCAGACAUGGAACAGAUCAAGAAAGAAGACAAGAUGAUUUUAUAGGUUUUU